AUGCAGCAGCAAUCUGCCAUUCAGGCUGAGGAAGCCGAGAAAAUUCCAUUUGUUGGUGAUAAGGAACCUCUUUCAUCAUUAGCUGUUGAGUACAAAUCAGGAAACGCCAUUUUACUGGAGAAAAUUAAGGUGCUGAUCAAGCAAUAUGCUGCCAUCAGGCGAACUCGAGGAGAUGGGAAUUGUUUCUUUCGCAGCUUCAUGUUUGCUUACCUUGAACAUAUUCUAGAAUCACAAGAUCGAGCUGAAGCUGACCGCAUCACAGUCAGUGUGGAGCAAUGCAGAAAGACACUUCUUAGCUUGGGCUAUGCAGAAUUUACUUUUGAAGAUUUCUUUGCGCUAUUCCUUGAGCAACUUGAAAAUGUUUUUCAGGGGAGUGAAGGUUCUAUAAGUCAUGAUGAACUCGUACAGAGAAGUAGGGAUCAGUCGCUGUCUGACUAUGUCGUAAUGUUCUUCAGAUUUGUUGCCUCUGGGGAAAUAAGGAAGCGCUCAGAGUUCUAUGAACCAUUUAUACAAGGAUUAACAAAUACCUCAGUGGAACAGUUUUGCAAGUCGAUGGUGGAGCCUAUGGGUGAAGAGAGUGACCAUGUGCACAUAACAGCCUUGUCUGAAGCAUUGGGUGUUCCAAUCCGUGUAGUUUAUCUUGACAGAAGUUCUUGUGAUAAUGGCAAUGUGAUUGUGAACCAUCACGAUUUCAUUCCAUCUACAAAAGGGGAUCUAACCUAUGGUAACGUCAGGGGUUCGGAGACAUUGAAACCGUUUAUUACUAUGCUUUAUCGGCCUGGUCACUACGACAUAUUGUACCCUAAGUGA